AUGAAUGAGAGUAAAUUUGGAGAGUUGGCUAAAUUUCUAUAUCCUAGCUCAGCAAUUAGUAGAAUAGUUAAACUAUCAAUGGGUUCAAAUUGUCGAAUAUCUCGAGAUGCCCUAGAUAUGAUCAAUCGCUGUUCAAUAUUAUUUUCAAUUUAUAUUGCAUCAAUGGCUGUCUCAGAAUCUCAAGACAAUAAGAGAGUUAUUGUUAAUUAUACUUUUGUUAAUAAAGUGUUAGAAACUAGUGGGUUUCAUUCAAGAGAUAUUCUUACACCUCAGUAA